AUGGGAGGCCCUUCAGAGACUCAAGAUUGCCAUAGGCAUCCCGAACUAAAACGAAAGAUUUAUUCUGCUCUUCAAGAAAGUGAUGAAGGGGAACUAUCUAUCGCAAUACCAGCAGAGGUUGCUCUCAAACAUUCGAGCCACUCUUCAACCGGUAUUUCGUUCCCGAACGAUGUGUCCACUCCGGAACCACAAACACCGGGGUUUAACCAAUCCAACGGUCUCGUACCCGAAUUCUCUCCUAUAGUGGUCCACAUUGCCUACAGCCUUCGAAAUCCUGUUGAUGGAUUUGAGUUCGUGUUGCCUAGUGAUGCCUAUCCAUUCCGCGUACCUCAUGCAUAUACCUCUCCCACCUCUCCUGACUCCGCGAGAUGCUGGGUUCCCUGCUUAGAUAACCUAUGGGAAAAAUGCACUUGGGAAUUUGAAUUCGUCGUUCCUAGAUAUCUGGAAGAACGGGAUUUACAGAACGAUGAUGAUGAAUUGAGUGAAGCAAGCCCAACAAUCGUGGUGUGUAGUGGUGAACUCGUAGAACAGGUCGCCCAUCCAUACAAUUCAAACAAAACUAUUUUCCUAUUUUCCCAAGCCGUUCUAACAUCAGUCCAACAUAUUGCUUUCGCCGCUGGGCCAUUCCAUUUACUUUCAAUACCCCCUGAUAAUAUUGCCGAGGAGCCUUCUGGGUCCUCACAGCCUCUAAUGUACGCAUUUUGCCUGCCCGGACAAGAACAACUCCUCAGUUCCUCGACCACCUGCCUUCGGUCUGCCAUGACGUUCUAUACAUCUGAAUGCGGUUCAUAUCCAUUUGGAUCCUACAAGAUCGUAUUUGUUGACCAACUGCCCACCCAACGAUUUGACAGCGCUACACUGUCUAUUGUAACUACAGAUCUAUUACAUGGCGAGGACGCCCUUGAACAGGCUAUAGAAACAAGGCACGCCCUUGGCCAUGCACUUGCAUGUCAGUGGGCAGGGAUUAACAUCAUUCCAAAGAGCUGGUCGGAUCUUUGGCUUGUCAAUGGCCUGGCAUUGUAUAUCACCGGUCUCUUCAUGAGGAAGCUCUUUGGUAACAACGAUUACCGUUUCCGGCUGAAGAAAGACAUGCAAAGGGUGGUAGACUGGGACAUGGGGGGGAUGCCACCAAUAUGUCAACCACAAGUUCUGGAUCCUCCAGAUUCAGUCACUUUACCCUUCAUCAACCUCAAAGCGCCGCUGGUACUUCAUAUUCUUGACCGAAGGCUAGGUAAAUCCGGCACUUCACUUGGUCUCAGUCGGGUUUUACCAAAGCUUUUCUUAUCUGCGAUCAGCGGGGAACUUCAAAACAAUGCUCUUUCUACGCAUACAUUUCUUAGGACAUGUCGGAAAGUCAGUGGUGUAGAUCCACGGAGUUUUGCGGAACAGUGGAUAUACGGAAGUGGUUGUCCAUCCUUUUCGUUCUCGGCUUCGUUCAACCGAAAGAAAAUGGCAGUCGAAAUCACAAUGCGACAAGAGGCUCCUGCUCAUUCCGUGCUAGAAAAUAACGAGAUAUCCAAGCUCUUGAUGAAGCCUGUUCCAUUUUUUGAGGGUCAAAUGACUAUUCGGAUUCAUGAAGCGGACGGGACACCCUACGAACACGUUCUUGAUAUACGGAGUCCUUUUAAACGUUAUGAAGUACCUUUCAAUACAAAAUACAAGCGAGUACGCCGCAAUACGAAGCGGUAUCUCGCUCGGCAAGCUGCUGCCCAAGCUGCGGCCGAGGGCGAUGCGGAGGCAGCCGAAGCUAUGGGCAUGGUGGAUAUGAGCUUUGGUUUGGAUAUCUGGGAGAAAGAGCAAGAGAGAGAGAAUUGGAAAGUCGCUGAUUGGACGGAAGAAGACGAAGGGAUUAUGAGUGGCGCGACCUACGAGUGGAUACGAAUGGACGCAGAUUUUGAAUGGAUAGCGAAUAUCAAGUUUGAGCAGCCUGACUUUAUGUGGGUUUCGCAACUGCAGAGAGAUAGGGAUGUUGUAGCGCAACUUGAGGCCGUAAAUGCCCUUGCCGAGAAGCCUACAGCAAUUGUUUCCAGCACUUUGACGAAGACGGUGUUGGUAUCCAGCUACUACUUUCGGAUUCGUUGCGAGGCGGCUACGGCAUUGGUUAACUGUGCUGUGCGCAAACUCGAUUUUUUGGGGCUCUUCCAUCUUUUCAAGCUCUUUUUGCGAUAUUGUUACGAUCCGGAAGACCCAAACCAAGAUCUCUUUUCACAUAAAUACGUACCCAAGCCCAACGAUUUUUCUGAUCUUUCUGAAUACUUCGUCCGCAAGAGUCUGGUUACUGCGAUAUCUCAAGUCCGCUUCGAAAAUGGCAAAACACCGUCCGUCGUACGACAAUUCUUCAUUGACCAACUGCGUUAUAACGAUAACACUUCCAAUCCUUAUUCUGAUGGAUUUUACAUCAGUACCAUAAUUUCUGCUGCUGCUCAUGCUAAUGUUUCUACAGCUCCUCCCGAACGUGGAGAGCUUCUACCCUCUGAAACUCGCACUGAAUAUACAGCAGAGGAUAUGGACCUCGUCAAACAAACGCGAACUGAAGUCGAUCGUUACCGCAGUAUGGAUAGACUUAUCCCUUCUCCCCACAACAUUGUUACAAUUUCUGCUCUUGAGUUUUACAUGAUGCUCGGUAUUGCCAAUCUUGUACCAAGUCAUCCCCGAAUUUUCUUUCCUUUUACAAGGGAAGGAAACUUUACUCAAGUUCGGAUCGCUGCAUUUGACGGUCUUUUUCUCACAAAAUGGUAUACCCCUCAAAUUAUGCGAUAUAUACUGGCCGUAAUGGCCAAUGAUCCUUCCAAAGUUGUUAAGCGACAUGUUGCCCGCAACGCUUGCUACAGUUUGGCCCUCCUUGUCCAAAUGGGCGAAAUGAAGUCUACGUCAAAAGAGGCUGAGGCCCUUCUCAUCGAAGAGGACGGCAACUCUCAAGAAAAGGCUAAAGAAUCGAAGAGGAGCGAAAUGGAAACUAUGAUCAAAGUUUUACGCAAAGAUCGCGAAGUUGGCAAGAAUGAAAUAUUAAGAGAAUUCCUAAUGCCCAUUGCGCUAAAUCCUGACCUUGAUCAUGAAGUUAGAUGGUGUAUCCUCAAACUCGCCGAUCUCCUUAUUCGCCCUGUUGAAGAGUCGCCUCCAUCUGUGAAGAUCCACAUCCCAAGCACUCCGGUACUCGACACAGCGCCUAUGUUGCCUGCUGUCAAAGUACCUCCCAAAGUACCGAGAGUCAUCAAAUCGGGUGGACCACCCAUCAAAUCACCCCUCGUCACACUUAAUCCUCCCACAAAGCUAAAAUUGCCUGCUAGUCCAAUGCUAGAGAGCACUUCAUUAAAGCCUCUACCUCCUACACCAGUGCCUGAAGCUCCUAAGAAAGUGGUGAAUUUUGCCAAACCGGAUUUGCCUCCGAAAGUUCCUAAAUCAUUGAAAGCUCGACCCUCAACGACUCCAGCUCCAGUCCACUCCUCAACUUCCAAGGUGGCCAAAGUUACAACCAAACCUGCUCAUGUGCCUAAAGCCCAAUCGGGAGGAAUGUCGCUUAAUGAUCUUAAAGCUACAAGAGCUGCCUUGAAGAAGCUCAAAUCAAACAAACAUGCUGUAAUAUUUUUGCAACCUGUCGACCCCAUCAGAGAUCAUGCACCGAAUUACUUUAACAUUAUCAAAGACCCCAUGGACCUUGGUACUAUGGGCGCCAAGUUGGAGGAAGGAUUGUACAAAGAUAGAUUUGCUUUCCAGGCAGAUUUCAAGUUGAUGGUGAACAAUGCCAAGUUGUACAAUGUCGCGGGUAGUUUUGUUCACAAUGAGGCUAUCAUCCUGGAAACAAUAUUCGAGAAACAAUGGGCGGUCAUCAAUAAAACUUUGGCGGCAACUGAUAAUGCGCGGCCCCCUCCUCCGAUUCCAGCUGCUUCCUCUCCCCCUGUUGUUCAAGCCCCUAAACCACAACCCCGGAUCAUCUCUGCUUCAAGAACCCCUGCCCCCCCUCCUUCUGCCCCAUCUCCUGCUGAACGACGCCCAGAACCACAGCGAAAUGAGACAACAUCUUCGGUUGCAUCAACGUCUCGGCCGAUGAUCAAGUUGAAAGUUGCUUCCCAAAGCAAGGCGUCAGUAGAACCCAAUGAAAGGGCACCAGACAAUACUAAACCCCUUAAGCGGAAGUCUAAACCGUCUGAACUACCGACAGUACUUGAUGCCCCUCCUCCACCCUACGUCGAUGACGGGUCACAUGACAUUCUUCAGGAAGUGCUUGCUAUCGAGCGAGAGAAGAAUGAACAACGCCAUCGAAUCUCUGACAGAGAAAGACCAGAGUCCGCAACAAGCUCGGGCAAACGACGGAAACUGGACGUGGAAGAAGAUAUUUUGGCAUUGGCAGCUACUUCCAAAAAGGAGCGCCCAACACCCCCUGGACCAUCCAACAAUAUCAAGAUUCACAAGAACUCACCAGUAUCAACUCCAAGGCCUAGCGAACCUCCGGCCAAGCCCAAGAAGGAUAGAUUGGCCGAAUCAUCGAAUACAUCACGUUCAUCGGUACCCAUUGACCAGCCACUUCCACCGUCGCUGAAGGGCAAGGAAAGAGAGGUUUCUAAGCCAUCCCCUUCCUCUACGCCUACUCCUGCUCCACAGAAUAAGCCUCGCAAACCUACACAGACGACUCCUAUUAACGUGAAGAAGUGUAAAGAGCUCAUGAAAGUUUUGUGCAAACUGCCUGAGUCUGGGAUAUUUUUGCGACCUGUUGAUAUUGUUCUAGACGGGUGCCCAACUUAUUAUGACGAAAUUGAAAACCCCAUGGAUUUUGGUACUAUAUCCUCUAAAUUGAACGAUGGCAGAUACGUGACCAUGGAGGAAUUCAAGGCGGAUGUCGAACUUGUCUUUAGCAAUUGUAGACAGUUUAAUCCUCCUGGCACGUCACCCACCAUCAUCGUGGCCGUCGUAGAGAAGGUAUUUCGGAAGGAAUGGCCAAAAGCGAUGGAACGCAAAUUGUCCUGGACAGAGAAACGGGGUCUACAAGGAGUCUUGAACACACUUAGCAAAGAUCCAAUGUGUUGGAUCUUCCAAAACCCUGUCGAUCCUAUCGCUCUGGGUAUUCCAACUUACUUUGAUGUUAUUCCGAAGAAAGAUGCACGCGAUCUCAAGACUAUCCGGCAAAAACUUGACACUGACAAAUACGACAGCGUCGAAGCGUUUGAAGCCGAUGUUGAGCUCAUGUUCCAUAAUGCCAUCAAAUUCAAUGGCAUAGAUUCAGAAGUCGGGGUUAUUACUGUUUCAUUGCGAGAGCAAUUCCGGACAUUGGUGGCAGGAUGGAAAUCGGGACCAUCCAAAAAACGUAAAGAGGGGGACCAUGGGACGCCGCAACCGGUUGCAAAGAAACUGAAGACGGGAUGA